GAAUAGAGAAGAUGUCAGCACCUGGGAUGCCUGAUAUGUCGAAUGCCAUUGUGGCACAAGAUGAAAUGGGACGUCCAUUCAUUAUUGUCAGAGAUCAAGGUAAAAAACAAAGAAAACAUGGUAUUGAAGCUACUAAAUCACAUAUAUUGGCAGCAAGAUCGGUUGCAUCUAUAGUUAAAACAUCAUUAGGACCAAGAGGGUUGGAUAAGAUUUUGAUUAGUCAAGAUGGAGAUAUUACUAUAACCAAUGACGGUGCUACAAUUUUAUCACAAAUGGAUUUAGAUAAUGAAAUUGCUAAGUUAUUAGUUGAAUUAUCAAGAUCACAAGAUGAUGAAAUUGGUGAUGGUACCACUGGGGUUGUUGUUUUAGCUGGUGCUUUAUUGGAUCAAGCUUUGGAAUUAAUAGAAAGAGGUAUUCAUCCAAUUAAAAUUGCCAAUGGGUUUGAUGAAGCAUGUAAGAUUGCUUGUCAACAAUUAGAUUUAAUUGCAGACGAUAUUAAUAUUAGUAAUGAAUCGAAUGAUUCUAAUUUAUUAAAAGCAGCCAAAACUUCAUUAGGAUCUAAAAUUGUUAGUAAAUCUCAUGAUCAUUUUGCUCAAAUGGCCGUUGAUUCAGUUUUAGCAGUUGCCGAUUUUGAAAGAAAAGAUGUUGAUUUCGAAUUAAUCAAAAUGGAGAAAAAAGUAGGUGGUUCAAUUGAAGAUUCAAAUCUAAUUAAAGGGGUUUUAUUAGAUAAAGAUUUUUCUCAUCCUCAAAUGCCAAAAGAAAUCAAAGAUUGCAAAAUUGCUAUUUUAACUUGUCCAUUUGAACCUCCAAAACCAAAAACUAAACAUAAAUUAGAUAUUUCUUCCGCUGAAGAAUUUAAAGUCUUACAAGAAUAUGAACAGAAAAAAUUCCAAGAAAUGAUUGAUUGUGUUAAAGCUUCUGGUGCCAAUGUUGUUGCUUGUCAAUGGGGGUUUGAUGAUGAAGCUAAUCAUCUUUUGUUAGCCAAUAAUUUAAAUGCUAUUAGAUGGAUUGGUGGUUCAGAAUUGGAAUUAUUAGCAAUCGCUACCAAUGGUCGUAUUGUUCCUCGUUUUGAAGACUUAACUCCUGAAAAAUUAGGUCAUGCUGGUACUAUUAGAGAAUUAGAAUUUGGUACUACUAGAGAUCGUAUGUUGGUUAUUGAAGAUUGUUCAAAUACUAAAGCUGUUACUUGUUUUGUUAGAGGUUCUAAUGAAAUGAUUGCUGCUGAAGGUAUUAGAGCUUUACAUGAUUCUAUUUGUGUUGUUCGUAAUUUAAUUAGAGAUAGUAGAGUUGUUUAUGGUGGUGGUGCUGCUGAAUUAACCUGCUCUUUAGCCGUGAGUGAUGCUGCCGAUAAACAAACUGGUAUUGAUCAAUACGCUUUUAGAGCUUUCUCUCAAGCUUUAGAUACUAUCCCAAUGACUUUAGCUGAAAAUUCUGGUUUAGACCCAAUUGAAACUUUAUCAAACUUAAAAUCAAAACAAGUUAACGAAAAAUCCUCCAACUUAGGUGUGGAUUGUUUAGGUAAAGGUACUAAUGACAUGAAAGAAUUGUUCGUUAUUGAUCCAUUGAUUGGUAAAAAACAACAAUUAUUAUUAGCUACUCAAUUAACUAGAAUGAUUUUAAAAAUUAAUGAUGUCAUCAUAAGUGGUAAAGAUGAAUACUAG